AUGGGAUCUGCGCAACACUGGCGGAGCAGCAGCGGCCCCGCCAGCUCAGCCAGCGGGAAACAAUGGGGAUUCCCCCUCCCCCUCGGGGCCCCAAAAAGUCACCCCCACAGCCCGAGCAAGCCCCUUCCCCCCUCAACCUACGGGGGGCACUCCAGCACCCCCGGCUGUCCACGCACGAGGAGGCUGGAGGGGGCACUGUCCACGGUGAGCCGCAGUCUGCCCCCCCUUUCCGGCAGCCGCUCUAAGGGGGGCGCCACGUCCCCCAGCCCUGCGGCCCCCACGUCUCCCCGUCCCUCUAAAGCUGUCACCGGAGCGGGCCCGCUCCUCGCCCUCCUUCGGCUCCCAGUCCCAGGACCCUUUCCGCCCCGGCCUCCGGAUUCUGUCCCUCACAGCCCCCAUCGCUUCCUAGGCAGCCCCCAAGGCCCGGGUCAGGCCUCAGGCCUCCGCCCCAGAGCGCCCCCUCCCCCAGACGGGCCCGGCUCGCUUCCCGCAGUCCCGGCGCCUCGCCAGCGGCCGAGCCCGGCGCCUCACCCCACUGGCCGCGGCUGGGGCCUGUGUCACGGCGCCGAGGCUGCCGCCACCCGGCUCCCCGGCUCCUUUAUUGUUGACUCGAAGCUCCCAAGAUGGCGGCCGCUCCUUCCUCCCCGAAACCCUCCGCCCGCCCGCCCCCCGGCCCUGCCCUCCCCGGCCCGGCCCGGCCCGGCCCGGCCCAGUCCAGCCCCGGGGCCGCCAGGGCCCCCUGAGCGGCGUCCCCUAGGGCCGCCGCGCCGCGCUCCGCCCCGGCGCACCCGCCAGCCAGCCCGCCCGGCGCCCCGGCUGCGCCCGGCCUACCUCCGCCGCUCCCCGCUCUCAUGGCGCCGCCGAAGCCGCCGACCGGGCCGAGCCAACUCCGCCGCCGCGCCCCCUCCCUCGCUCGCUCGCUCGCUGCCGCCCUCCCUCUUUCCCUGCCUCCCCGCAUGGCGGCAGCCGCGGCUCCUCCUCCCCUCAAGAUGGCGAGAGCUCGGGCCCGGCCCGGGGCCGGGGCCGCCCCCUGCGCCGCCGCCGCCGCCCCCGCCGCCGCCCCAUCGACCGGGACCCGAGUCCUCGCUGAGGAGAAACCGGGGGACAGGCGCCCCCCACCUCGGCGGGGCCGGGGGCCGGGCCGGCGGCAGCGACUGCAAAAGCCGGGGCUCCGGGACCGAGACGGGGAGGCUGCCGGGCGGGCACGGCGGGCUUGGGACCCCUCGCUGA